AACACAUUGUGUAUGGAUUUGUUCGCUAGAGCACCGCUGGCACCUUUCGAGGGUGGUGGUGUAUGUGAUGAUCUUGACGGUUCUGAGACAUCCUCAUUAGUUGCUGAUACUGACCAUCAAAUAAAACGAGUUUCGUCGAUCCCAUUCGAUGCUAGCUUCUCUUUUGAAGAUUCACUCACUGACCUUAUUGGGAAUUUUGAUGAAAAGGUAUAUCAUUGUUUCGAAAAUUUUGACGUGGACCCUGAAAACGCACAAAAGAUUAAUUUUUCAGGAAAUGUUCCAACUUUAAAUGACGUUAACUGCGAAAGAGUUCGUAUCCACUGAAUCUUACCCGCUUCAUAGCUUACCAAGUAACGUUAAUUUGUAUGAUCUCGAUCAAUUCGAACUUGCAGAUGCCGAUGGAAUAACUGAAGAUGGAGUUAUAAAAACAAGUUUGUUACAAACAUGCAGUGCUUUAAAUUACUCAAACGAAUCUAUUUAUUCAGGACGAGGCACUGUUACUACUUUAUCCUUGUCAUCCGUGUCAGUUAGUCCUCGUUCAUCAACACUUGAUGGAGGUUUUCCAAAUACAUUGGCCCAAAUCCCCGAUAGCGGAAUCUCAAACACCGACGAAGAGCUAAACAGUUACUUUAAAGAUUUUGAUGAUGAAAACAUCCUUGACAUUUUUCAAUCUCAUCAUCCUUCCCUACCUUUGAAAAAAACUCAAAGUUGGGUAGAUGACCUUCAGAAUUUGCAAACCAGCGUUCUCAAGCUUUAUGUUCAGCAAAUGAAUGACGAAAUUAUGCAACUUUCAGAUUGCUUAGUGGAUUCUCUAGCGGAACGAGACGAGCUUUUAAUGCUUCGUGAAGCCAGUGAUGACUUUAUUAUAUUACUUAACUUGGUCCACGAGCGAAAAACUCAGGCAUCCAAAGCAGCUCUUCUAGCAACAGCCAAAAGCUUGAUUCGUUCCAAAACUUUGUUUCGUGUCACUACUCCUUGGUUUACUAAAAGACCACAUAUAUCUGCUUCUAGUACACUGUCGUUAGUUGGAUCUCAAGAUAUCGAGAAACCAGGCACCACAUCACUUGUCAGAAAUGAACCAAACCCAGUAAAUUCAGUUCAUUUAGAUUUACAAAAUAAUUCUGUUGCUUAUGUCGUCUCCCUUAAUCUUCAUUCAAAACUAAGAAGACCCAGAACACAACCAAUACGUGUUCACAGGACAAAUCAUUCAGAUGUUAAGAGUGUUUCUAACUCAGUCAGUUCGAUUGAUUCUAAGCAACUAAAUGAAUCACAUCUAUCUAAAUGUGCUGAUUUAUCUUCAGAAAGCAUUAAAUCAAUACCUACCAGACAAGCGAAAAUACGAUAUGAAGCUCUCGUGAAUUUGUGCAACUCUACUAAUUGGCCGAACGGUAAACCGCAAAAUAGUCGAUCCUUACUUUUAUGUAUACCCUAUCGAAUCAAACCGGGCGUUGGAAUUUCCAUUCAAGAACUACGUCUACUAAAUCAAAUUCUUUAUGCUACUGUUCUUGAAAACCCCAAAAUAGAAAAAUUACUCGAAAGUUACAUAAUGAACGUUACUAAUUCUAACGACAUCGCUAACUGGAUAAAAACUGUUGAACCUCUUCGAUGUUAUGAUUCUAAAAAGUUGAAUGGUGUUUCAUGCCAAAAUCAACAUCGUAAUCAUCUCCUAUCGACAUCAAUGCAAACUCAAUGUGCUUGAUUGUCUUUAAUAAUUCAUCGUUUUUCCUCAUGCUUCCAUUCUGAUUUACAAAGUAUAUUGCAUUUUCCAGAAAUUUUUUCAAUGCUUAGUGUGUGGAUUUAAAGCUAAAAUUUUUAUUGGCAUUAAUAACCAAUUCUCAAAUUAAAUAUCCUGGCCAGUGUAUGCAUUCUAUUACUUUCAACAAAUUACAAUCAAGUAUUGUCUAAUGCCUACAGCUUUUACUACAUUAAAAUUGAGCAAGAUUUGAUUUACUACAUACAUAUUUAUAUCUAUACUUAAUUUUAUGUCAUUAAGUUGACACUAGUGCUUUUUUUAACUUCAUUUUUUCCUCAUCUCUUUAAAUUUUAUCUACUUGUCGUAAUUGCAUUGAUUGAUCUUUUUUUGGUUACCACACUCAUUUACUUUUGCUGUUUUGUUUUUAUAUGAAGUCAACGUUAGAGACAAGUUUCUAUCAAUGCUUUUGUUGUAUAUCACACAAUAAAGACAUUUAUUAACAUGCUUUCGUCAACCAUAUUAUUAGUAGGGAAACAGUGUUCAUAAUUCUUGCUCACUAUUGGCUUCGGUACUAAAGAUGGUUACAAAUUGUUCUUUGUUGUCAAGAUAGCCUUUUUAAGUUUAUUUAUAUAUUACAUAUUCUUUGUUCAUUCUUGGCAUUACUACAUGCGCUUGAAAAAAUGCGUGUUACUUUCAUCUACCUGUGAAUUGUGCAAUAUUUUAUUGUUUUAAUUAUGUCAUGUUUACGGUGUUCUUACUAUUUCAUUCUUGUUUUAUUAGAAGUCGAUUAAAGUUUAAGCUGGAAAAUAACAUCAUAGGCUAAUUUAAACAGCUUACAGCUACCCUAGUUGAAACAGUAGUAUAAAAUAAUCUGUCUUCUAAAGGUACUGGUUUAGUUUUGUCAACGCACGACGCGAUAGGACGUCUUAUUAUGAUUUGUAACCAAGGGAUUUAUUUACAUAUAUCGUAAGCAUUUUAGUGUUCCCCUCAACGCGUCUCUAAACCACGUAAAGUUUAUCACUAUCUCUAUGUGUUAAUUAGAACAUUUCAGUUUGGAUAGUUAAUGUCAUAGAACUAGUCGUAUUUUUGAAUUUGUUCAAAAGUCGAUCAUCAAAAUUCUCAUUGUCGAUAACGUUUGAUAUCUAUACUUGUUUGUCGUUCCAUUAGGUCAUAUCGUCAAGUAAAUUGAGACUUGUUUGGACAGGCUAAUAUUUCGAAGAAGAGAUAAGUGAUUUUUUCUGUGACUGCAAAACACCUUAAACACAAAAAUGUUAGAGACCCUAUGUUUUUAUGAUGCU